AUGGCUAAAGUCGAAGUACAGAUUCGCAGUUGCUUCUGUUGCGGAUUAUCCUUAGCCACUGUAUUCGUCGCCCUUUACACCUUGAUUCUAUAUUCUAUUCUACUGGGACUGGCUGCGUGGGGAUUAUCCGACACCGUGAAUAAUGGCGAUGCGUCUCAUUUUCGCAGUUGCGAACUGGAGGCACAAGGAAAACUGGCUUCAGAGAAUCGCAAGCUCACAUUCCAUGGGGGACACACAACCGUGGUGGUGGAAGACUCGACGACGUACCACUGCUCAUUCGGGCUCUAUACAGAAGAACUGAAGUAUGAAGCCGGAUUACGCUAUACCCUUUUGGUGAUUGACAUCUUAAUCUACAUCGGCAUGGUUCUUGCCUCAAUUCUCCUACUCAUUGGUCUGUCCGUCUACAACCAGUGGCUACUGGUACCAUGGAUCGUCAUCAUGGCUAUCGACAUCAUUCGAGGCUUAAUUUCUGUGCUGUUCAUCUUCAUCUACAGCUAUGGUAAUUUGGCUAGAAUCGCUACCGGCAUCUUCUUCCUUGGAUUGCAAUUCUUCCAUAUAUCUCUAUUGAUGAUCAUCAUUGCAAAAUACCAACGAAUUUUCAACCGGCGGAAUGGAAUCGUUAUCGAUGGACCUGUGAGUUUGGCGCCAAACGGUCGUACGGAGACUGAUAAUCUCAUCUGA